AUGUCGUCCUACAAGGGCCAGCGAGGACCCAACGUGUCCCUGUACAUCGCCACACUCAACCAGCCGUCACCACAGCAGGACCUGCUCGUCGACCCAGCGCCUGGAGACGACUUCUCGGACUUUCUCAACGCCGAAUUCUUCGACGUUAGCAACAGCCACACCGCGGGCGUCGACUUCAGCUCGCCCGGCGAAUUCAACAUCGACUUCGACAGCAAUCCGUCACCGCCGCUCAAGACGGGCGAGGGAUUUCAAACGAGCCCGACUAGCGCUGGCGCAACCAUGGAUUUCAACUUGAAUGGCGACUUUCCCUUCACCGACUUCAACAACUUCCCUGGCAAUGCUGCCUUUGACCCGUCGGUGCCGCUGGCAGCCAGCCAGCCUAACCACUACCCACUCGGCCCCAACUUUGCCUCGCCUGGAUCUUCAAUAUCACCAGUCGCGCAAGGCUACGAGCAAGCCUCCAAGAAGCGCAAGAUGGACAGCGCCGCCCCCAUGAUGCAGCAGUCACUCGACGAAAGCGCUCGUAUUGCAGCAGAAGAGGACAAGCGCCGCCGCAACACGGCUGCAAGCGCCCGCUUCCGCAUCAAGAAGAAGCAGCGCGAGCAGGCUCUGGAGCAAUCGCAAAAGGAAGCGCAGGAGAAGGUGGCCAAGCUCGAGGCCACGAUCGAGCAACUACAGACGGAGAACGCAUGGCUCAAGAGUCUGAUCACAGAAAAGAGCGGCGGCAAGAGGACCACCGACGAGCUCGCGGCGCUCAUGAGCAAGAGGGAGCAGGCAGCAAGUGGACGGAGUAGCUCGGCGCACACGGACGGCGUAGGAACACAGUCUGAGAGUCCCAAGGCGGAUGCCUAA